AUGAUGUUAUACGUUACUUUACAGUAUGAGUUUUCGCCAUUGAUCAGAAGUCAACUGGCUGACAGAUUCCCUUUAUUCUACCCUAUGGACGGCGAUAGCGUUGCGAUAUCAGUUCCAUUGCUUGUAGGAGAAGUGAUUGUUCUAUUAGUGAAUUAUAAGGCCCUGACGCAACUUUUCAGAUAUAGAGGAACAAAACACACCUACCAAGGAUUCUCGGCACUAUUUACAUUCCUAUUAAUUCUAGGUGCUGUAUUCCAUGUUUUUACAUUUGCAUGCUCCACUUUUUAUCUCCCGGAUAAGAAUAUGGGUAAAUUUGGUGUAUUUUAUCUAGAGCACCUCAACUAUAUAUGGGUAAACGCCCAAGCGUUUCAAUGUGUGAAAUAUGUACCACAAUUAUCUUUAAACUGGAUGGGUAUGUGCACUAUGGGUGUUUCGUCCAAGUUCGUGCUGAUUAGUCUUUUGUCAUCUGUGAUUGGAAUCCUAAGUCAUUAUAUAGGGUUUCCAGAUAAAUCGCAGUUCUAUUUAAUUCCUUGGAAUUCAUACCCACUCUUCGUCUUCAUGUGUCAAGCAAUUUCUGUGAUACUACUUUUAUACCAAUCACAUUUCAUAUAUGCCAAUAGAAGUCCGUAUUUACCAAGGGGAUCAUGA